CUCGCCGGGGGUGGAGUCGGCGGCGGGAACACGGAUCUGUGCCUUCAGUAUCUCGUGACCGGAUCGGCGACCGGCCUCUCGGUUCAGCAUCACCAGCACGCCGCGACCGCGAGCUCCGCGAUGGCCGGCCUCCACGGCGACCAUUUCCAAGGGACGAUGCACCAUCCGGACCAGCACGGAAACUCGCACCACGACACGUCCAUGCCGCACAUCUCCCCGCAUCAGUUACACGAACCGAUGGAAAAGCUUAAACGUCUGUGGGCACAGGGCGAAUUCCGAGACGAGAUGAACGAGGGUUUGGCGACGCUCGAUUUGACGGGUCACGGAUCCCACACCCCCGGUGGCAGCAACCCCAGUAAACCGGGCGCGACGCCCAACGCACCCUCCGGUGGAUUUUCCACCGCGCCACCCAGGUCCCAAACUAACAGGACACACAGGCCGGACAUCCGAAAAGGUGUUCGGACACCUACAGAAGUGAAACACGAAUUGGGAGCCGGCGGAGGGGUGGUUUCACCGGUCGGUGUGGUUGGUGUAAACGAUGUGGACGAUAAGGACGGGAAGAAGAACAAACGCCAAAGGCGGCAGAGGACGCAUUUCACGACGGACCAGCUACGAGAGCUCGAACGGUUCUUCGCUUCGAAUCGGUACCCCGACAUGCCGAGCAGGGAAGAGAUGGGUCAGUAUCUGCGCCUCGCGGAGUCACGUGUCAGAGUGUGGUUCAAGAACAGAAGGGCCAAAUGGCGGAAGAAAGAGCGAAACGCUUUAAACGCAGCCGCAGCGGCGUCCGGCGAUUUCAAGACUAGCUUCGGUCCAGCCACCCUGAACAGCUUCAUCGGCCAGCCUUUCGCCGACCCGAACGCACUGUACAGUUCAUACAGCACGUACAACAACUGGGCGACAAAGGUCCCAUCCCCGUUAGCCAGUAAAAACUUCUCCUGGGUGAACACUCUGAGUUCAGUAGUGCCAACCGCGUCGCACCACCAUCACCACACCCAAGUCAGCCCAGUGAACUGUUUCAACGCGGCGGCGACGUCGGUAGCGGGCGGUCACAUGGGCGGCAUGUCGGUGCCCGUCGGCCAGGCGGCCACGUCGAUGUUACCAGGGAUGGGUUCAGGCCUAGGCGUAGCAGGUUCCCCAGUGACAGCGUCGGGUGCAGCGUGUCCAUACGCGACACCCGCCGCGCCGCAUCAUCCUUACGGGCCGCCAGUCUACCCGCCUCAUCAUCGAACAGCGGUGGCGCCGGAAAUGACAUCCAGCAGCAUCGCCUCGCUACGGCUGAAGGCCAGGCAGCACAGCAGCGGCUACAGCGGUCUAUCCGGCAACUCGUUCAGCAUAGACACGCCAGUCUCGGGAGCUGGCAGUCCAGUCAGUUCGAGAGCGUCCUCGGUUGGCGGCGGCGGAGGACUCAGCGCGUGUCAAUACGCUCUGGCUUCCACUGGCGAAGGCAAUCCUCAUUCCCCGGGCAGCACGGAGACCCUCGUCAACGCGAUGGCCACGGCCGAAGUCUGAGGCGACGCGGGGGCUACAGCUAGCCCCUAUCAGCA